UCGCAGCGCUCACUGUUUUUUGCUCACGUGUGUUGUUUUCUAAACAUGGAGGGCAGUUGGUCUGUUGUUAGAAGAUGGAAAGAACUCUCUAGAUGUUUAAAAUCAAUCACCGCAAGUGACUUGAACAUCGUCUACAAAAAGGAUGGGCUUGUGGCAAUCUCUAAACCGUAUGGUUUGCCUGUUCAUUCCGGCCCAGGACAAGGAACUAGUGUUCUUGAUCUAAUGGAUAACUUCGCAGAGAUUCACAAUUUGAAGACAAGACCUUCACUUUUGCACAGGCUGGAUAAGUAUGCAUGUGGGGUUUUGCUAUUAUCAUAUAAUGAUGACAUGACAAGGAAAAUGGCAAAGCUUUUUGAAGAGAGAAAAAUCAGCAAGACAUAUUUGGGUAUUACAGUAGGGUUGCCUCGGAAAGCUAAUGGUGUUGUUGUUGAUAGAAUUUGUGAAGGCGUGGUUGGCAAGCAAAAACGACACAGAAUGGUUACUGCGAAAGACCUUCAACGUGGGGAAGCUGUUACUUUGUUGCCUGAUACUGAAUUGAUGAAAGCGUACACAGCAUACUCUACCUUGGAUUCAAACAGGGAUACCUGCAGUCUGGUAAGGUACAUGACAAAAAGUGGCUACAAACAUCAAGUCAGAUUGCAUACAGCCAGUUCCUUGAAUUGCCCAAUUCUUGGCGAUCAUAAAUUUUCAAGUUAUGAAGGUGGCCCUCAAAAGCUUCCGCUAAGAUUGUUGCAGCUUUUAGGGAUUGAAGGAGUACAAUCAAGCCCAAGUGGAAAAGGACACAUACGCCCAUGGCAGCGUGCUCUAAUACCGUUGCAUCUGUUUGCUGAAAGCAUUGAAAUACCUGAGAUAAGCACUGAUGGAAAACCCUGUGUCAUCAAAGGACAUCUCCCUGACUUUUUUAUCAACACGUUAACCUGUUGUAAGUUAGAUGCAAAGCGAACAAAACUUCUACCACAGAGGAGUCAGGAACAGAAGUUAAGAAUGUUUCAUAGUAGCAAAGGCUGAUAAAGUCUUACUAACAUCCAGGCAGAGAUUUGCAAGUUAUAAUUAAGUUAUUUCAAAAGACGGAAAUUCAUUUUUUGUAUCAUGAAAUGGGGAAA